AAGAAAAAGAAAAAUCAAUUCGAAACAUUAUACAAAAUGUCGGAAUUAAUUAGUUAAUCCAUAGAAUCAAUUGCACCUAGUUUAGGUGUUGGAAACUUGACGAAAUCAAAAGGUCACACUCGUAGAAUGGUGUUUUUUGGGAUAUGGAGGCACUCUGAGCUUGGACCCAAUAAAAUGGAAUACGCGUUCCUUCUUUUGCUCCUCCUCUUCCAUAUCUUCCUUCCUCACUCUUACGGUAAACCCAAUGGAGUGUGUGUUUCUCAAGGUGGUCGUUAUCCUCCCUUCAAAUCAGAGGGUAACCCUCCCAAAAGGGGUCCUAAAGAUUUGACCCUUUGUCGGGUUUUUCGCAAAAAGACUUGUUGUGAUGUAACACAUACACAUCCUGCACUUCUGUCUGUAAGGAAGCUUUCUUCUGGCGGGGAAGCUAGCUCAGAGUGUUUGCACUUAUGGGAACUAUUGGAAUGUGCCAUAUGUGAUCCAAGUGUUGGUACUCAGCCCGGACCUCCACUAAUUUGUGCAUCUUUAUGUGAGAGAAUUUACGAGGCAUGCUCAAAUGCUUACUUCUCUAUGGAUGUGAAAUCACAGGUUCUUGCACCCUGUGGAGUAAAUGACUUUGUAUGUGGUAGGGCUGCUGAAUGGGUCUCCAAUGGUACAGAUCUUUGUCUUGCUGCAGGUUUUCGAGUGAAGUCCUCUGAUAUCGUCCAUGUUGCCUCAGAAGAAACUUUUUGCUAUGGUGAUAAAGCAAGUCUAGGUUCAGUUGCUGAUUCAUGGAAGGCUUCACAGUUUGAAUCGACCAAGAAAGGGGAGAACUCGGUGAUUUUUGACGAUUUCCAGCAAUGGACGAGGGAUAUGCCAUUCAAAGAAAGAGUUUCUUGGGCUAUAGGAGGGAUGGUUCUAACAGCAGGAUUAGUGUUUAUAAGCAAAAGGAAAAGCAAUAGCCAACGCCAGAAACUAGCAGCUAUAAAGCGCACCGCAAGGAAACUGGGAAGCAGGAUGGCGGAUCAACAGCCUUCAAAUGCUCCAGAAAUUAGGAAAAGAAUUUCCUGAUGAGAGCUCUUUGUAUGUGUAAUUGUUAACAAUACAUAAUUAGUUGUGGUAAUUUAUAGGUCAAUCUCAUGUUUCUUGUUUUAAUUAAUAAUAAUCUAAAUGAAGUAUACGGCUUUAUUUUGUAGCCUUGCUUUCUCUGUUC